CAUAGUUUCUAUAACAAAGAAAAAGAAACGAUAAGAGAUAAGAAUUACAUAACUAUUAGAAAAGAUUAUAAAUAGAGGAUAGUAAUUCAUUAUUUCUUAAGUACAAAAAAAAAACUUGCAACAAAAAAAGUUAAAGAUAUGGGUGCUAAAUUGAAUUUAAUGAUUUUAAUAGUGUUUGUGGUGACAAUGGUAAUAGCAAUGGAAAAUGUCAAUGGAGAGACGAAAGCUCAAUGCCAAGAAGAUUGCAUUCAAGGUUGUGCCACCACCGGAUCACUUCCGAGCAAGUGCCUCCAGAUUUGUUACCGUGGAUGCCGCGGCAAACCUGGUCGUGCAUUAGGUAACCAACUAACCAUUUUCCAAAAAAAAAAAAAAAACAAUAAUCUAACAACUUUGGAAAUAUAUCAAAGAAAAUAUAUUUUGAUGAUUAUUGCGAUUUUUUCUAACUAUAGAAAAUAUAUUUUCUCUUUUGGAAGCGCAGACAUAGAAGAGAUGAUGUCAGUGUUGGACUCUUGGGACUUUUAA